GCUGCGUCGGCUGGCAGCGAACUCGGAUCCGAUGCCGAGCCCGCGCCAUAAAUAGAGUGGACGGGAGGGCCGGCGGGCGGCCGUGCAGCGGGAAGCAGUCCCCAGAGUGAAGGCAGACCGCAGCUGAGUGACGCCCAGGCCAGCUAAACCCGCACGGUGAUAGGAGGAUGGCAGAGCAGCAGAGUGCCUCCGAGCAACCAGUCGCUGGGAAAAGUCAAAGUGCACCAGGAGCAAAUUACAAGCUCAUAGUUUAUGAGCUUGAGAACUUCCAGGGUCGCAAGUCUGAGUUUACUGGAGAAUGUAUGAACCUGGCUGAGAAAGGUUUUGAAAAGGUGGGAUCAAUCCGUGUGGAGAGUGGUCCAUGGGUAGGGUUUGAACGACAGAAGUUCACUGGCGAGCAGUUUGUUUUGGAGAAGGGAGAAUACCCACGCUGGGAUACAUGGUCCAACAGCCACAACAGUGAGAGACUACUAUCAUUCAGACCCAUCCGCAUCGAUGGCGGAGAGCACAAGAUCCAUCUCUUUGAGUUAGCUGGGUAUAAUGGGAGGAAGAUGGAGAUUGUAGAAGAUGAUGUUCCCAGCCUUUGGGCUUAUGGAUUCCAGAAUAGAGUAGCCAGCAUCAAAGUCAUCAAUGGAACGUGGGUAGGGUACCAGUACCCUGGUUAUCGAGGACCCCAGUAUGUAUUUGAAAAAGUGGACUAUAAACAUUGGAACGAAUGGGAUUCGAACCAGCCCCUGAUCCAGUCGAUCCGCCGUGUUCGUGAUAUGCAGUGGCACAAACAAGGCUGCUUUCAGGCUACUCCCACGAGCAGCUGAAAGAGACAGGAGGAAAACCUUGAGGUCAGGGGCAGAACGUUUGCAAAGAAAAGAAGAAUGAAGUAGAACCUGCAGGCCUUUCGUCCCUGUGCUGUACAAUAAAACCGCUACAAAUAAAAUGGUGACUGACUGUAACCACUUA